CGCAGACCUUUCAGCAUGUCAAUAAACACAAACGUCUCCUGGUGCUGGAGCUGAGCUUAGCUUUCUCGUGUCUCCGGUAUGAUCGUGUAUGUCCGCUUUAACUCUGAUCGUCCGGUGGAGGUGGAGGUGGAAGAGGGAACGAGCGUCUUGGAGCUGAAGGAGACGGUGGGGCGGCUGCAGGGUGUUCAGCCCGAUCAACUGCGGGUCAUUUUUGCCGGGAGAGAGCUCUGUAGUGAUUCCACUCUACAGGCUUGUGAUCUGCCAGAGCAGAGCACUGUACACGUGGUGCUGCCUCCAGCUGGUUCAGCACGCCGCUCUGAGCUGGUGCUACAGCGAAGACUGAGCAGAGCAGUAGACAGCCUGACCCGACUGGAUCUCAGCUCCUCGCGACUGCCUGCCACCUCCACUGGCCUCGCUGUCAUCCUGGAAAAUGAGAACUCACACACACAAAUAGAGCCCAAACCCCACAGCACUUUCUAUGUGUUCUGUAAGACGCUAUGCAAGUCUGUGCAACCAGGAAAACUACGCGUGCGCUGCCGAAAAUGCAAGCAAGGAACCCUUACGCUCAGCCGGGGACCCUCGUGCUGGGACGACGUGCUUCUGCCAGAAAGGAUUCAUGGUGUGUGUCAGUCGGAGGCCUGCGAUGGCCGAAUGGCGGAGUUUUAUUUGAAGUGUGCCGCCCAUCCCACUUCUGAUGAUGACACAUCAGUGGCACUGGACUUGAUCAUGACCAAUGUGCGCCAUGUCCCCUGCAUCGCCUGCACUGACAUUGUGAGUCCUGUCCUGGUGGCUCAAUGUGCCGAGCGUCAUGUAAUCUGUCUGGAUUGUUUCCACAUGUACUGUGUGUCCCGACUGAAUGAGCGACAGUUCAUCCAUGACCCUGCGGUGGGCUACUCACUCCCCUGUGCUGCUCGAUGCCCCGACUCUCUCAUUAAAGAGGUGCAUCAUUUCCGGGUCCUGGGAGAGGAGCAGUAUGAACGGUACCAACGCUAUGCGGUGGAGGAGUGUUUGCUGCAGAUGGGUGGAGUUCUUUGCCCUGCUCCAGGCUGCGGGGCGGGUCUCCUUCUCGAGGAUGAACGCAGGAGGGUGCAGUGUGAACUGAGAGACGGCCUUGGAUGCGGGUUUGUGUUCUGCCGGGAGUGUAAGGAGGAGUACCAUGAGGGCAAGUGUAGACAGCAGUCAACCCCUGCAGUAGGUGCCAUGCAGGGUUAUAUGGUGGAUGAAGAUGCUGCCCUGCGGGCCCGAUGGGAAGAAGCUUCUCAGCACACUAUAAAAGAGACGACUCGGCCCUGUCCCAAAUGCAGAGUCCCUGUAGAAAAGAAUGGUGGCUGCAUGCACAUGGUGUGUCCUUGUGCACAUUGCAAGUUCGAGUGGUGCUGGCUGUGCCGUGUGGAGUGGAAUAGAGAUUGUAUGGGCAACCACUGGUUUGCAUGAGCCACACAAUCAUAAGGCUUGCACAUUCUCAGGGAAGCGUGUCUACUGUAUAAGGAAAUAUUUGCCACUGACUGCAACAUUCACAGAAAAUCAUAAUAGAAAUUAUAAUAAAUAAAU